AUGGUGGACCCUAUCCCCGGCCAGCUACACCUGAUCUCUCCCAAGCCCCUCACGGCCUUCGAAUUCGGCCCUCCCACCUCCUCAUCAACUCCCCUCGUCCUCUUCGUUGCCGGGUUGAACGACACCCUCUGCAGCGUCCCGUACCUGCCGCUCCUCGCUAAACGUCUCUCACGGGCGGGCUGGCGGAUAGCGCAGGUCUGUCUGACUAGUGCGGGAGCGGGAUGGGGAGGCGACUUGAGCGACACCCGACUCUCGAACGUCUUCGGCGCGAUCGACUGCCCUUUAUCGAUCGUCCUAAGCGGGGAGGACGAGACCUACCCCACCGAGGUGAAGAGCGACUUACCGACGCUGCUGGGGCGGUUUCGAAAAGCUGCGGCGGGGAGGUGUAGCGCGUUGAGUGGGAUUGUGGAGGGCGCGGCGCACAAUUUGAAGGACGAGCAGCAUGCGGGGGAGUUUGCGGAUAGGGUCGUUGGGUUCUUGCGGGAAGUUUGA